AUGGUCAUCAAGAAGCCCAAUACGCAAAUCAAGCUUACAAAUGUCUCUAUUGUUCGUCUUCGUAAAGGUGGUAAACGUUUUGAAUUGGCUUGCUACAAGAACAAAGUGAUGGAAUGGCGCAGUAACGUUGAAACUGAUUUGGACGAAGUAUUGCAAAUUCACAAUGUAUUCAUCAACGUAUCCAAAGGCCAAGCUGCCAGCAAAGAGGAUUUGAAGAAAUGCUUUAAAACCGAAGAGAUUGAUCCUGUUAUUUUGGAGAUUCUAAAGAAAGGCGAACUUCAAGUAGCAGAGAAGGAGAGAACCGAUCAAUUGGAGACCAUUUGGAAGGAUAUCGCCAACACUGUUACUGAUAAUUGUGUCAAUCCCCAAACAAAGCGUCCUUACACUGUCACCAUGAUUGAAAAGGCCAUGCAAGAUUUGCACUUGAGUGUCAAUCCCAAGCGUAGUACCAAAUCGCAAGCAUUAGAAGUCAUCAAGCAACUACAGGAAAAGCAGCUGUUACCCAUCCAACGUGCUCAGAUGAGAAUCCGAAUCACUCUUCCUCAAUCCAACGAAACCAAAAAGUUGAAGGAGAAGAUUAUACCUUUGCUGACUUCCAUUGAAGAUGAAGAUUCUGGCUCAAGUGAAAUUGAACUGGUCGCAUUAGUUGAUCCUGGAAAAUACCGUACUAUCAAUGAUUUAUUACAAAGCGAAUCAAAGGGAAAAGGUCAAUUGGAAAUCAUGAAUUUGAGAGAGAAGGAGGAAGGCGACGAAAAGUUUUAA